CACAUAUCAAGUGUCUUCAACACAUUGGGAAGUUUGAACAAACUCUCCAUGUGUGUGGGCUGAUGUGAACUGAGCAGCAUGGAUCAGUGUGAGGACAGAGAGGACAGAGUCCCUCCCUCUAAAACCCCUCUGUGUGGAGAACAUGAGGACCAGAGCAAAGUUCAGAGGAUCCAACAGACCCUCAAACCAGAACCAGAACCCAGCUGUGUGUCCUUCAAGAGCGAUGCUUCAAAGAAUCUUUUUUUUGAUUUUAAAUCCGAUCAACCUUCAGCUGCAAAGAGAGUGGACCAGCGGAACUCAGAGGUUCCCAGUGGUCCGUCUGCCCAGCAGCAUCAAACACAGUUGGAUUCCAUAUUUAUGCUGCUGGAGGACAACAUUGUUACUUUUGUGAGGAACGAGCUGAAGAAGAUCCAGAAGGUUCUGAGUCCAGAUUACCCAGAAGUCUUAGAGAAUCAGUGGCGGGAUGAGGAGGUGUUGAAUGGCAAGGACGAAGAGCAGAGGAGGAGCAACAGAGAUGCUUUUAUAAAGAUCACACUGAACUUCCUGAAGAAGAUAAAACAGGAGGAUCUGGCUGAACGUCUGCAGAGCAGACUUCUUUCCUCAGUUUGUCAAAAUAAACUUCAAUCUGGUCUGAAGAAGAGGUUCCAGUGUGUGUUUGAGGGGAUCGCUAAAGCAGGAAGACCAACCCUUCUGAACCAGAUCUACACAGAGCUCUACAUCACAGAGGGAGGGACUGGAGAGGUCAAUGAUGAACAUGAGGUCAGACAGAUUGAAACAGCAUCCAGGAAACCACACAGACCAGAAGCAACCAUCAGACAAGAAAACAUCUUUAUAGUCCCACCUGGAAGAGAUCAACCGAUCAGAACAGUGAUGACAAAGGGAGUGGCUGGCAGUGGGAAAACAGUCUUAACUCAGAAGUUCACUCUGGACUGGGCUGAAGACAAAGCCCACCAGAACAUCCAGUUCAUAUUUCCAUUCACUUUCCGAGAGCUGAAUGUGCUGAAAGAGAAAAAGUUCAGCUUGGUGGACCUUGUUCAUCACUUCUUUACUGAAACCAAAGAAAUCUGCAGCUUUGAACACUUCCAGGUUCUGUUCAUCUUUGAUGGUCUGGAUGAGAGUCGACUUCCUCUGGACUUCCACAACAAGGAGACCCUGACUGAUGUUACAGAGUCCACCUCAGUGGAUGUUCUGCUGACAAAUCUCAUUAGGGGGAAACUGCUUCCCUCUGCUCGCCUCUGGAUAACCACACGACCUGCAGCAGCCAAUCAGAUCCCUCCUGAGUGUGUUGGCAUGGUGACAGAGGUCAGAGGGUUCACUGACCCACAGAAGGAGGAGUACUUCAGGAAGAGAUUCAGAGAUGAGGAGCAGGCCAGCAGGAUCAUCUCCCACAUGAAGACAUCAAGAAGCCUCCACAUCAUGUGCCACAUCCCAGUCUUCUGCUGGAUCACUGCUAUGGUUCUGGAGGAUGUGUUGGACAACAAAGAGGGAGGAGAGCUGCCCAACACCCUGACUGAGAUGUACAUCCACUUCCUGGUGGUUCAGACCAAAGUGAAGAAAGUCAAGUAUGAUGGAGAAUCUGUGACUGAUUCACAUUGGAGUCCAGAGAGCAGGAAGAUGAUUGAGUCUCUGGGAAAACUGGCUUUUGAUCAGCUGCAGAAAGGAAACCUGAUCUUCUAUGAAUCAGACCUGACAGAGUGUGGUAUCGAUAUCAGAGCAGCCUCAGUGUACUCAGGAGUGUUCACACAGAUCUUUAGAGAGGAGAGAGGGCUGUACCAGGACAAGGUGUUCUGCUUUGUCCAUCUGAGUGUUCAGGAGUUUCUGGCUGCUCUUCAUGUCAACCUGACCUUCAUCAACUCUGGUGUUAAUCUAAUAGAGGACCAAAAAAACAUUUCUUUUGGGUCUAAAUUACUUAUUAAACCAAGUCUAACAAGUCUCAACCAGAGUGCUGUGGACAAGGCCUUACAGAGUCCAAAUGGACACCUGGACUUGUUCCUCCGUUUCCUCCUGGGUCUUUCAGUGGAGACCAAUCAGACUCUCCUGCAAGGUCUGCUGACAAAGACAGAAAGUAGCUCACAGAUCCAUCAGGAAACAGUUCAAUACAUCUCGAAGUAUUUUAAUGAGAACCUGUCUGCAGAGAAAAGCAUCAACCUGUUCCACUGUCUGAAGGAAUUGAAUGAUCGUUCUCUGGUCCAGGAAAUCCAACAGUCUCUGAGUUCAGAAAGUCUCUCCACAGAGAAACUGUCUCCUGCUCAGUGGUCAGCUCUGGUCUUUAUCUUACUGUCAUCAGGAGAACAUCUGGAUGUGUUUGACCUGGGGAAAUACUGUGCUUCAGAGGAGGCUCUUCUCAGGUUGCUGCCAGUGGUCAAAGCUUCAAACAAAGUUCUAUUGAUGAACUGUAACCUCUCGGAGAGAAGCUGUGAAGUCCUGGCCUCAGUUCUCAGCUCCCAGUCCUCUAAUCUGAGAGAGAUGGACCUGAGUUACAACAAGCUGCAGGAUUCUGGAGUGGAGCUGCUGUCUUUUGGACUGAAGAGUCCACACUGCAAACUGGAAAUUCUCAGAUUGAAGGACUGUGACCUCUCAGGCAGAUGCUUUGACGUUCUGGCCUCAGUUAUCAGCUCCCUGUCCUCUAAUCUGAGAGAGAUGGACCUGAGUUACAACAAGCUGCAGGAAUCUGGAGUUACGCCACUGUCUUCUGGAUUGAAGAGUCCACACUGCAAACUGGAAACUCUUAGACUUAGAUCCUGUAACCUCUCAGGGAGAACUUGUGAAGUUCUGUCAUCAGUUCUUAGCUCCCAGUCCUGCUGUCUGAGAGAGGUUGACCUGCAGAACAACGACCUACAAGAUUCAGGGGAGAAGUUGCUGUCUGGUUCAGACUGUACACUGGAAAUAUUUAGGGAGCCUGCUGGAGUCCGUUGGGUGAAACCAGGUCUGAGGAAGUAUUCCUGUCAGCUCACAAUCGACACAAGCACAGUGAACAGAAAACUCAAACUGUCUGAAGACAACAGGAAGGUGACACGUGUGGAGGAGCUUCAGUCAUAUCCUGAUCAUCCAGACAGAUUUGAUUACUGGCCUCAGCUGCUGUGUAGUGAUGGUCUGACUGGUCGCUGUUACUGGGAGGUUGAGUGGAGAGGAUAUGUUUUUAUAGCAUUGAGUUACAGAGGAAUCAGGAGGAAAGGAGACAGUUAUGACUGUUGGUUUGGAUAUAAUGAUCUGUCCUGGAGUCUGAGUUGCUCUGAUGGUGGUUUCUCUGUGUUGUACAAUAACAGAGUUACACUCAUGUCCCCCUCCUCUUCCACCUCCUCCUCCUCCUCCUCUUCUGUCUCUAACAGAGUAGCAGUGUAUGUGGACUGUCCUGCUGGCAUUCUGUCCUUCUACAGAGUCUCCUCUGACUCACUUAUCCACCUCCACACUUUCAACACCACAUUCACUGAAUCUCUUCAUCCUGGAUUCUGGAUCAGUCCUGGUUCCUCAGUGUUUCUGUCUAAAGAGUCUCCUCCUGUCAUAGAAACACUCUCACUGUUCAACAGAUAGUUCGGUCUCUACAUGUUUGUCUCUUUCACUCAGAAACAUUUUCACAUUCAGCCCCUCCAGGGAUGUGUUCUCUCCCCACUCCUCUUCUCCCUCUACACUAAUGACUGCUCCUCAGCGGACCCGUCUUUGAAACUCCUGAAGUUUACAGAUGACACCACUGUUAUUGGACUGAUCCAGGACAUUGAUGAGUCUGCAUACAGACAGGAGAUGGAUCAGCUGAUACACUGGUGUGGUCAGAACCCCCUGGAACUUAACCCACUCAAGACUGUGGAGAUGAUGUGGACCUCACCAUCCUCAACAACACUGUAUCUGCUGUGGACCAAUUCCGGUUCCUAGGAACCAUCAUUUCUCGAAACUUGAGAUAGUCUUCACAUACAGACAACGUUCAGAAGAAGGUCCAGCAGAGAUUGUACUGUACUUUUGGAAGCUUUUUCAUAAAUUGGUCAAAAAUAUCAUACAGUUCCCCAACAGCAUGUAUCAGGACCAAUAACCAAACAUCUUUCAGCUUCAAUCUUCAGAGGGGCACCAGGCAGGGAUGCCCACUUUCCCCCUCAUUAUUUGCAAUUUUUAUUGAAGCACUAGUGGCAUCAAUCAGGCAAACUAAGAUAUUUAAAGAACAAAAAAUCUGUCUUUAUGCAGAUGAUAUAUUAAUCUCCAGCAUUCGCAAACAUCUGUCUUUCAGGUAAUUGGAUUAUUAAAUUCUUUCUCAAGAAUUUCGGAUUAUUCUAUAAAUUAGUUGAAAUUGACAGGUCUUCCAAUUAACUGUUCUUUCCACAAUUCCCUUAAUACACAACUAUAGUUAGGGAAUAUUACAUACUUGGGUAUUGAUGUUUCUCCUAGAUUGGCAGAGUUAAAACUUAACCACAUCCCGCUUUUAAAAAAAGUGGAAGAUGACCUCUUGUCAAAAUAAGGCGAGAUCUUUCCAUGUAAUCCAUGCAACAUUCAUUAACUGCUCACAGUUAAAUCCAUAAAA